GAGCCAUCGUGCCUAGCAGAUCUCUGAUGGGGAGGAACCCAGGAACCCAACAAAUACGUGCUGGACGUGACUUUUGUGGAUAAUGACUGAAAUUUCUACCACUUUACAGCAAGAAGCGUAAAGCGCAAGAGCACGUGAGUGACGUGUCCGGUGUUUGUGCAGCAUUGCGAGGUUUUUAACAGCAGAGUGAAAGCAUGGAGCUGGACCGGAGACUCUUGCUGGCGCACUGCGCUGCACACGCCCUGUCCGUUAUCGCAGGCCUGCUGGUGGUGGUGCCGUUAGCGCUGAACGGCUCGGCGUUUAAAGGCCGCUGUGCGCUCUUCAGUCAGGGUUUCUGGCGCUCCGAGAACCAGAGCGCUAGCGGCGCACAGCUGGACGCACAGGGGACACACUUGGUGGUGCAGCAGUGGGGACCACCGGCCGCCUGCCAGUUCGCUACGUUUGUUGGCGUGUUCACGGUGCUGUACGGAGCUACACAGAGCUGGAGGAGUUUAUUUUACCUCCACCGCCGCCACGACGACACCUUGUUCUCAGCCUUUCUCACGCUGCUGCUGAGUCUCUGUGUGCUCUUCCUUUCUGGAGGAGCAAGUGUGAUUCUGACCCUCGGCCUAGUGUCCUGGUGCAACACCGUCACUGAUAACAACACCCGACCUUACAGUUGUGCAGAGUCACAAUCUGUGCCCCUCUACUUGGAUGUGGAAACCUCUUCAUUUUACUCAGAGCUCACUUGUGCACAGAUCUCUCUGUGGUGUGUAACAGCUCUGUGGUUGGUUCACUCCAUUCUGUCCUUCCUGAGACUCUACCACUCUCACAGUCAGCACAUCAGCGGACCGUGUCUGCCCCGAGAGAAGGAGCUCCUGCUGGGCCAGUCUCAUGUAGAUUGUCCAUGUCAACACCCUCACCCUCCACAACCACCUGCCGUCUUCAUUUAAGCUAUCCAGAAAUGUGCUCUUAUAUGUUGAUCCACAAAUCACAAGCUUUCUAGUGUUGUGUAAACUAGGUUUGUAGAAGUGGUAGCAUAAAAAGUUGCAAGAUUUCAGAAGAAGAAGCUUCAUCUUUCAGAUGGUACAUCGUGUAAUGCACUAUAAACCUGUCCAUGCAUGUCUGUGAAAAGCAUAAUGACCACUUUAAACAAAAAUCUAGAAAAACCAAGAUUGAGAAAUCUCAUUACAAAUAAGCUAUAUGUAUUGUUUACACAAUAGUCGUUACCUAUCGUCCUGUAAUAUUGUUUGUGAUAACCCUUAACUGUGUUGCAACUAUACAUGUGAUUGUACCAACACAAGCACUAAACAGGGUCGUUAGUAUUUAGUGUUCUAGGUCAAACGUCUUUUAAUGACAUGCAGUGACAUUUGCAGAAAGAUAAAUGUUGCAAAUGUCUUUCAAUAUGCAAGGAAAAGUUUGACUUAAAUUUGAUGUAAAGUGAAUGGGAAGGAAGACUAGCCUGAUGCUAGUUCAGUUCAGACCCAUGUUGCUUUACUGUAAACGUACAUUAAUAUGCAUGCUUCUCUUGCAUGAGUGUACGUUCGUGCGCUGCUUAAACUCUUUCUCCCUGCCACAUGAAGGUUUCUUGUAUGAUGCUGUGUGUGUGGAUGCAGCUCUGAGGAAACAACCACUGCAGAGGUGCCAAUAUUUAUCAUUGAGUCAUAGCAUUUAUGAUUUUAGACGCCUUAAUUAUUACAUAUAUAAGACCAGAUUUUUUUCCACACUUUUCUUACUGUUAUUUGGUGUGUAUCUGGAAAAAAUACCAUUAGCUAUCUGGUCCAGAGAAUAAAGCCCUUGUUACUAGUAUUGGCAUCUCUGUUCUAUUUACCCCACUUGGGUCCCUGGUCGUAAUUCAGAAUGUAAUAUCAGUCGGGGGAAGCAAAUAAAGAAUUGAAGGAAUGUGCACCAUGCCUUUGACCUCUGACCUCCCUGAACUGAGUGGCUGUGGUGACACACACAUAGCUGAGAAAGAAACUGGAGGUAAAGAGAGAGGAAUGCAUGUAAAUCUAAUUAUUGCUAAUGCUUAAAUGUUUUAUACUUCUGUUUGUACCGCUAUUGUAUCUAUCCUUCAUUUGAUAUCAACUUGGGAAUAAUAAAAAAAAUAACAAAAUC